AUGGAACAUGGAACAUGGAAUGUUCGCACCCUUCUGGACAACGACUUGAAUCUGUGUCCAGAGAGAAAGACAGCUCUAAUCGCGCGAGAACUGAGCAGAUACAAUAUAGAUAUUGCCGCAAUCAGUGAGACGCAUCUCAGUGAUUCUGGUGAGUUGUGUGAGCAGCUUGGAGGUUACACCUAUUAUUGGAGCGGCAAACCCGAGUCUGAGAGGGCUGGAAGUGGAGUAGGAUUCGCUGUUAGAAACCACCUGGCGCGAAAAUUACAGGAACUUCCAAAGGGCAUAAAUGAUAGAAUUAUAACUCUACGACUUCAACUAUCACCGAAGAAGUACAUACACCUUAUAAGUGUAUAUGCCCCCACACUGCCAUCUCCGGACGAAGAGAAAGCCAAGUUCUACUUCGAACUAAAGCAAGUCCUCAACAAAAUACCUUCUGCUGACAGAAUAAUUCUGCUGGGUGAUUUUAACGCUCGUGUUGGCAAGGAUCACGGUGCUUGGGAUGGGGUUCUUGGGAGGCACGGAGUCGGGAAAUGCAACGACAAUGGUCUUGAUCUCCUUACCCUCUGCGCUGAGUUUGAUCUUACCAUCACAAAUACAUGUUUCCGUUUGCCUGAGAAGUUUAAGACCACGUGGAUGCAUCCAAGAUCCAAGCACUGGCACCUCCUGGAUUACGUGAUAGUACGCAAGAGAGAUCUCAGUGAAGUACUGACCACCCGCGCAAUGAGAGGUGCCCAGGGCUGGACUGACCAUCAACUUGUUCGAUCGAAACUGCGGUUGCAAUUAAGAACACCACGUCGAGCUGCCCACAAGAUCCCAGCGAAAUUGGACUGUCAAAAGUUAAUCCACGAUGUACAACUAACGGAGGAGCUAGAUGAUGCUUUCAAUACCGAUAUGCCAGACAUCGCAGAAGACGCGCCUGUCGAUGAGAGAUGGCGUUCUUUCGCUGAACAUCUCCAUAGUUGUGCUCUACGAGUUAUUGGGAAACCAGAACGGAGAAACCAAGAUUGGUUCGAUGAUUCCGACAUGGAAAUCAAGAAGCUCGUGGAGAACUACAGACGCAGUCUUCUCUUAUCAGAUGUUUCUGAACGGAGGAAAGCUCAUCAUAGCCUUAAAGAAAAAGUGCGUGCUCUCAAGGAUAAGUGGUGGGUGGACAAAGCCAAUGAAAUACAGCUUUAUGCUGACACCAAUCAGUCCGGCAGGUUUUUUGAGAGCCUCAAGACUGUUUUCGGCCCACGAAUUUUGAAAACAGCUCCAAUGUACAGCAAGGAUAAAACCCAACGUUUCACAGACCAAAAAGACGUACUUGCUCGUUGGGCGGAACAUUUCAACGAUGUUUUGAAUCCCAUUGGUCAGUCCACCGACUUGUUGUACAUAGACUCUCUUGAAAGCCUACCAACCGCCGAAAAUCUAGCGGAACCACCAACUUUUGACGAAUUUGUUGCCGCGCUAAGGAGAAUGAAGAAUGCUAGGGCACCUGGGAUGGAUAGCCUACCGUCUGAAUUGUACAAAUAUGGCGGCCCACACAUUAACAACACGCUAUUCGACUUCAUCUCGAAGAUAUGGGAGUGUGAAAUCGUCCCGCAAGAUUGGAGGGAUGCUUCCAUUUGCAAGUUGUACAAAGGCAAAGGUGACAUAGCCGAUUGCAGUUCGUACAGAGGCAUCUCUCUACUCUCAGCAGCUGGGAAGAUUUUGGCCCAUAUUAUCAACACCCGUUUAUCCCACCACGCAGAAAAUAUACUCCCGGAGACCCAAUGUGGUUUUCGUCCGGGUAGAGAGACUUGGUGCUGCUAUAAGGCAGACAUCAGGCGAUUAGACACCUUCCAUCUCAGAUGUCUAAGGUCUAUUCUGCGCAUCAAGUGGCAAGAUCGAGUUCCAAAUACAGAAGUGCUGCGUCGUGCUGGCCUGUCCGGGAUAGAAGCGCUCAUUAUGAAGCACCAGCUGAGAUGGUGUGGGCACGUCUUGCGAAUGGAUGACAGCAGAUUGCCGAAAGCAGUUUUCUAUUCCGAGCUUUCUAGCGGGAAACGAAAGCAGGGCGGGCAAUACCUGCGUUACAAAGACGUGCUCAAGCGCAACCUUGUGGCUUGUGAUAUUCCACCUGAUAGUUGGGAGGAGCGAGCUCGUCUUAGACCGGAAUGGCGUUACACUGUCCACAAAAACGUGGAACUUACUGAUAUGUGUUUCUGUGAAUAUUGA